ACUACCACUGGAUCAGCCACCCUAUGAAGACAAUACAGCGAUACGAAAUGCGAGUUUCUUUCUAUAUACUCUUCUUCUUUACAGACAAACAUCGAUCUUGAAAUGGUAUCCCAUCAAUUGUUACACCAAAAGCUUGUAUUUUGCGCACAUGAUUUCUUCGAUAUUGAUUUGAAAUUUCUUAAUUUGGUAAGAUUCGUAAGAUUUUGUUAAUUUACUGCUCGAAUAACCAUUUUUCUAAUUUACUUCCAGAUGGUUGGAGCAGUUACGACUUACCUAAUAAUUUUAUUGCAAUUUUAAGUGAGUGAUUGCUCGUAUAGCUAAUGCAACCGGAAAACGGACUCUAAUCAUCUAAUAUUCAUGUGCCCAUUCGGCACCCAUGUCGUUUUAUUAUCGGGAUGGCAAUUUUAGUUGCGUGCCACUACAUCAUGGAGAAACAUUUCGUCCGUGUUAAUUGGAGCUUAUUUCUAAUAUUUUCAAGUGCCGGAUUGGUGCCAUUUUCCAUCGAUAAACGAACACUUCAUGUCAGGGAAAGUGUAGGGAAAUUUAUUCUGUGGCUACUCGUUGUGUCAAUCAACAUCACUUGCUUUUACCAAAUAUAUUCAAACAGUUUGAGAGGCAAUUGGCAUGGAAUGGUGGUCAAAUUUUCUCAAUGGUGUAUACUUAUCCUAAUAACUGUCGAUGCCGGUUGUAUACUUGUUCAAGCUUUGCUAUGCCGACGGAACCACAUGCUACUUAUCAAUGACAUCGUGGUCGAUGACUUUAUAAUCCGCGAAAAGUACAGAUUGCAAUUGAACGAUCAAAGGAUUAAACGACGCACUUUGAUUAAAAUUUUGCUUUUGGGACUACACUGGUCUUUAAUACAUGUUUGUGAAAUAAUUAGCACGCAAGAGAAAUUAUUGGCUCUGCAAAAAGCACUCACAUCAGUUCCCCUCGUAUGGUUGUUGAACGUUAGACUAUCGAUGCAAAUAUUCUACAUUGAUUUGGUGGCUGAAAGAUUGCACAUCCUAAAUGGAGAGCUCCAAUUCUUGGGCAAUGAGGAUAUGAAUUUUGCCAAUGGACAACCCAAUUUUCGUGAAGUCAUCAGAAGGGUUCAACAGACUUAUACUGCCAUAUGGAAAUGUUUCCGAAAAAUAAAUUGCAUUUUCGGUUGGUCUACCGUUACAUUAGUUUUAAAAUUGUUCGUUUUGCUUAUCAUUACUAGCUUUUGGUGCAUCAACGGACAGAAAAGUUUCAACAAUAAUGGCUGGCUAUAUCUCGAAUCAUCGCUUAGCAUAGUAUUUAUAAUAAGCAGCCUUGCUUUACUGUGUCAUUCUGCAGCCAACUGCAAGAGAAAGUCACUUGAUACAGCGGAGGCCCUGCUGAAACCGGAUUACGACUACGAAGACUUGGACGUACGUGAUUUCCUAGCUCAAAUGCAACAUCAACCGUUCGUCACAUCGGCUAAUGGUUUCUUCGAUAUAGAUUAUUGCUUGCUUGGAUCGACACUUGCAACUACCGCCACUUACAUAGUGAUAAUGCUCCAACUGGAGGGAAACUAAAUUCACACUCAGCUAAAUAUGCCACCUAUUACUCAUCGAACUAAGAAGUGCCUUGAUGCAGCUGUGAAUUUCCAUACCACUUUGCGCAGCGGUUCCCAACUGAGCGAAUGUAGGAUGAUUGAAAACUGAAGUAUGACAUCUGAGGGUGAUCUAUUUAUUUGGGACGUUUCGCUCAUGUGUAAAUCACGUGUUUGCAUGGAGAUAAAGUAUGAAGUGUUUCAGCUAAUUACUUCUAAUCUGAGUAUUGCACACACAAAAUACGCAAUGCCAGGGCGUACAACAAAAUCAGAUCUGGAAACGCAUGGUGAUUACUAAGAGAACUAAUUAGCGCAAAUCUAAAAAACAGUUUAGUCGAUACGUCGUUACAUCAAAACGGUUGGAAACCUCUGGCAUAGUAUGUGCUAGAAUGUGUAUCUUUCAUAAAACAAAUAUAGGUAUGCACAGUUGAUUCAGGCGACAAUCACUUGACCACCCACCCAAACACCGUUGCCUCGACGGUGCUUCGAACACAAUCAGUUGUUUACAAGCUACCCACUGCAAUAAGCACGACAUUGUUUGGCAAACACACUAACAGAAUGACACGAUUUUUUGAGAAGUUUACCCUUUUUUGUGUGAUAACUGUGAUAACUGCACUGUCGCUCAUAAUCGUUACCAGUGUGCAAUUGGCUUACGAGCCUGCAACAGUGAUAAAUCGUGAUAACGACAAGCUCAUGUAUCAGCUAAAAAGCAUACGCCAAAGUUCUGGUUGGAUCAACAACAG